GUUGUGUUUUCCGUCCAGGAUAGGCUGCAGGUGUCCUUCGACUGUGCUUUCACUACACUCUCGUGGUGGCUAGCAGUGCGAGACCGCGUAGGCAAAAUGGUGGAGUACACUGAGGAGGACCCUAAGCCCCAGCUGGAGGAGGAGUGCAAGGUCCACUGCGUCCGGGAGUGGGCGGCCUAUAAGGCUUGCGCGGAGCGCAUCAAGAGCGACACGACGGGGCAAGCUCACUGCAGCGGCCAGUACUUCGACUUCUGGAAGUGCAUUGACCACUGCGCUGCUCCUCAGCUUUUCCACCACCUGAAGUAAAAGCUCAGCGGGCACAUCGUUGGCUAUGUAGCUUAGCAACCUGGCACCAUCCUGGUGACUUUCAUAGCGGCUUGGGACUGGUGGACGGCGUGGUGAUGCGUGCGGCUUAUCGGUUCAGUUCUCGAAUAUUAGGUCGGGUGGCAAUUCCCCGGAGCGGUGCGCUCCUAAGGAGCGUGGUUGUGUAUGGGUCCUAGACACAAGCGAGCCAUCCUGGAAGGGGAGUUGACUCGAGAGGUUGUAACGUUAACUGCCUCGACA